AUGACCUUACAUUCCAUUCUGGAAUUGUUUCGCACUUCCGUUCAAAGGAGCCCUUCUCAACUUGCAGUAGAAGAUGGAAAGGACUCCAGCUUGUCAUAUCAACAGUUGGACCUCGAUUCCUCAAGACUAGCCAGCCGUCUCCGCGGUGUUGGCAUCGAGAAACGAAAGCCCAUUCCGUUGCUAGCAAGUUCUUGCGUUGACAUGGUGAUAGGCGUUCUUGGAAUCCUCAAAGCUGGUGCAUCUUAUGUGCCCAUCGAUCGCGCUCAAUGGCCCCAAGAGAAGAUCGAUUAUGUUCUCAACAAAGUCGAGGCGGACGUAAUUGUAUACACUGGAGACCGGCCUGACAUAAAAAAUCGGCGAAUCAGGUGUGUUUCUGUGGAAAGCAUGAGAGACUGGGACGUUAAUGAAACCGCUGCUGUCUCUCGGUGCGACGAAUGUCAGACAGACACAAUGUGCGUUAUAUUCACCUCCGGGACAACCGACAAACCAAAAGGAGUGGUUUUGACACAUUUCUCGGUAAUGAACCUGGUUUCUUCUCCACAAUUCAAUUUCGGAGUAUCACUAGGUGAUCGCCUGCUUCUUGUACUCUCUAUCGCGUUUGACGCCUUCAUGGGUGCACUUUUCAGUACCCUUUGCAACAGUGGAACAGUUGUUCUUGGAAAUCCACUCAACAUGCAAGAUCGUGCAGAGACAGUCAACAUUUUUGCCGUCACACCCUCCAUCCUCGAUGUGUUGACUCCACCAAGUGGUGUUUACCAUUACCCCAGACUUCAAAGAAUUGUGCUAGGUGGCGAGACUCCAUCGCAAAAGCUAAUCACAGACUGGCGAAAAACAACACCAGAAAUCUGGAUUGCCUAUGGGCCAACAGAGGCCACAUGUACCAUCUUGACAGGCGCCCUUCAAACAGAUAGCAAGACCGGACUGCAUUAUACCACUCGACUUGGGCAAUGUAUUCCAUCGUCUUCUGUCAUGCUAGUUGAUCAAGAUAUGCAGCUGAUCAAGGAAUUCGGAGUGGAAGGCGAGAUGUUUGUCGCGGGUCGAUGCCUUGCGAGUGGGUAUUGGGACGACGAAAAUCUAAACAAUGAAAAGUUCAUCUUGUACCGGGGUGAGAGAGUAUAUCGCACUGGCGAUAUGGCCAAGUGGGUCGCUACAGAUUCGGGCUCUCGCGAAUUGGAAUUCCUUGGCCGAAGGGACAGGAUCACAAAGAUUCGUGGAUUUCUUGUCAACCUCGCCCAGGAUGUUGAUGCCAAGGUGUUGCAGCUUGACGACCGUCUCAGCUUCUCGUUUUCACUUCUUUUCAAUGGUCAUCUAGUCUCGGUAGUUGGUCCAAGUACCGUCGACACAACUAGUCUGCUUGCCAGCUGGAAAAAGAAUUCCCCAGCUUACAUGGUCCCGGACUACCUCCUAAUUCUGAAAUCCCUUCCAACAAUGAACGGCAAGACUGAUGUCAAGGCCUUGAAAUCAAUCAUCACAAAAUCUGUUGGCUCAACGAUGGAUAAUCCAAUAUCUCCUAUCUCAACACUUAGCGAAGCUGUAAUAACAGCCUUAUCUCUAGCGGCGAACAUUUCGAUUGACCGGAUCGACGUCAAGCAAUCUGCAAUCAGCUAUGGAAUCAACUCCUUGGCCGCUAUCAAGAUAUCUUCGUUAUGUCGUCAAUAUGGGUUUACAGUGCCUGUGCGGCACGUCCUCUUGGAACCGUCCAUCCAAUCGUUGAUUGAUCGGUGUAUUGAGCAGAGAUCGCAUAUUCCCUUGCAAAAUUCCAGUCUACAGUGUCAGCAGGAGUCAAAGAUCACACCACUUCAGAAGGCCCUCCUCCUACCUACGAUGGACAACCCGGAGAUGAACUAUGUGCAACACCUUUCUCAUUAUGCUACGGCUGAUAUUGACCGGAUCAAAAAGGCAUGGGAGGCCGUCGUCUCAGUUGAGCCAAUGUUUCGUAUUUCUUUCAGCUGGUCGACGGAGGAGCCUACCCAGAAGCUGCUGCCACAAGCUACGUUCAAUUGGGAAGAGACAACGGUGAAAUCCCAUCACGAUAUUGAGGUGACCUUGAAGAGAUUACUCCGUCGUGCCGACUUGAGCAGUAAUUUUGCUGUUCUACACUACGAAGGCAAUGAGCUCAGCAGAGGUCAAAUCACCGUGGUUUGGACUGUACAUCACGCCUUGGUCGACGGAUUUUCAGCUUCCUUGAUUUUCCAGAAAGUGGAUGCCGCCCUUGAAGGUCAACCCUUCGAAGGGUCUCUCCCUUUCACAGUUGCGGCGCGGGAUAUGGAGCACCUACGACAUGCAACGAAUACAGACCUCCAGGUCUUUUGGAAUGACCGAAAGACACUGUUUUCUGAUGCAUGUGGCGACAUAGCGUCUCUUAACACCAGUCUUAGCCCACGUCAAGCUGGUCAUGCUCAGGUUUCCGUGCAUGACGGUGUAGAUCGGGAGAAAGUCAUUGAAUACGCCUGCACUGUGAACGUCACCCCAGCGGCCAUCUUCAAUGCUGCAUGGAUACUGCUUCUCACAACCUACACCAAUUCGGACACAAUCGUGUACGGAAGUGUCUUCUCAGGCCGCAAUCUCCCCUUCUCGUGGGCAGACACCAUGAUAGGGCCGUUGAUACAAACUUUGCCUGUCCUUGUUCAGGUUGACAGGUCCUUGUCUGCUGAGAGUUUCUUGCACCAGAUUCAUUGUGAAAUCCAAGACCUGGCCAGUGUUCACGUGUCAGAAAUUCCAUCAAACAUACCAACAUUUUCUACCACCGUUACCGUUCAAGAUGGUGGGCUUAGGAAAGGAACAACAGCCAUAAAGUGCCUCCAAGAGCCGUCAUUUAAAAACACUGCAAAUGUCCCUCUCAACCUGGUCAUCGACCCAAAUGGAGGCAUCAGCCUCUUCUAUCGGACCGAUAAGUUUUCACCAAGUCAAGUGCAAGACAUGGCAGAUAUCUAUGGGAGCAUCUUGCACUCCCUCAUUCGUGGACAGCUCUCUGUGCAGCAGUGUCUCGACUCGAAGUUUCCCUCACAUAUGCGCGAGAAGAUACUGGCCGCCGGGAACAGCAGUUCAACCUCCAGCUUCACACGAAACACGGGACAAACUAUCAGCAGUUUGUUCCAAUAUUCAGCCUGGCAACAUGCUCCCGAAAUCUCCAUUCGAGCCGCGGAGAAGGAACUGACAUAUACUCAACUGGCUGAACGUGUGGAUAAAAUCGCGAACAUCAUUACUUUCCUCAUACCCGCUGGGGCAGUCGUUGCGGUCCUGGCAGACAGAUCUAGCAACUGGAUUGUGGGAAUGCUUGCUGCCAUGCAAGCCAACACGAUUUACUGCCCGGUGGACGCAUCGUACCCUGAGGAAUACCGUCUUCAGCUUCUUGAACGCAGUGGUGCCAGAAUUUUAUUGCUUCCGGAUACUUCGUACAUGGAGAAAGCUGUACCACAUGGUCCACUUACCCUAGCGAUAGAUCAUCUGUUGAACAGCAACAUCAAGCCAGCGGAUUGUCAAACCAGGUUACCGCACCCCCAUUCUACGGCUUAUCUAUGUUUCACUUCUGGGUCCACCGGCCAGCCUAAAGGAGUGCUGUGUAGGCAUCGAAGUGUUGCUGCCCUUUAUGCCUCCACGGCCGCUCGGCCCACAAGCCGUCCUGGCACACGAAUCAGUCAGAUGCUCUCUCCAGGAUUCGAUGGCUGUAUUCACGAGAUUCUCUCAACUCUCUGUUUUGGAGCUACUCUGAUACUGCCCCGAGGAAAAGACGAUAAAUUCUCUCACCUGUCAGAUGCAGAAGUAGCAAUCCUUACCCCUUCUCUGGCUGCAGAGUUGGACCCACGAGACUACCCCAAUUUAAAAUCGGAUAUAACUUUGUCGCUGAUGUUGACAAAGAUUCAUUUCGGCGGGGAACCUGUGCCAGGGGCUUUGGUCGAGCGAUGGGCUUCAGGCAGAGAGCUUUAUAAUAUCUAUGGACCCACAGAAGCUUCCCUUCUGGUCUGCCAUCAUCCUCUGAAGCCUGGUGUUCCAGUGACCCUCGGGCGACCUUUGCCAUCAGCGCGCAUAUACGUUCUCAAUAACCAAUUAGAGCUACAACCCACACUGACCGUUGGAGAAAUAUACAUUGCCGGAGUUCAAAUAUCCCGUGGAUACCUUGGUAUGGAAAAAAAGACAUCGGAAGAAAUUGUACCAGAUCCAUUUUGCAUGGGAUCAAACCAAGAAAUGAUGUACCGCUCGGGGGAUAUUGGCUUCUGGGAUGCGAAUGGAAACCUGCAUUGCUGUGGUCGAGACGAUCGGCAGGUCAAACUUCGAGGAUACCGUAUCAACUUGGACGACAUCCCAGCAGCUGUUUAUCAGACAAUGCCCUCGGUCUCCAAGGCCAUUGCAGUCACAGAGAAUGGCGCUGUUGUGCUCUGGGUUGAGCCAGAAAUUGAUACAAAGUUACUGAAACGUGAGCUGGCCGUAGCGUUGCCACCUCAUUCGGCUCCGAAAAGCGUUUACGCCCUGAGAAAGUUGCCUCGAACACAAAACGGCAAAAUUGAUCUUAAGGGACUUGUCCCAAAGAAUCACAUGGAUCUCGCUCCCAGAUCAAUUCAGCCGUUGAACUCUCUAGAGGAAACCCUCGCAGGCAUCUGGAGACAAUUGUUGACAUUGGACUCCACGACGCAAAUAUCAAGCGCAGAUGAUUUCGCCGUCCUUGGAGGACAUUCUCUCCUCCAGCUUGCCCUGGCUGCUCGUAUAAAGAGCCUUUUCAAUAUCCCAGUCACCGUCAAAGAUAUCAUAUCCGCAUCCACGCUCCGGGAUCUAACUCAUCUUAUUCAGACUCAGAGCGAGUCACAGCUAGGCAGCACACCACUGGCAUUACAGGAAGCUCAAACUCGAUCGCUUGGUCUCGAGACUCCUUCUCCAGCUGAGAUAGAGUGGAUACAUCGUUAUGAACACUCACCGACAACGUCGAGCUUCAAUGUACCUUACUUUGCGGAGCUCUCAAAUGAUGUUGACGUCCCAAAGCUGGCAUCUGCGCUCCAGAUAGUCUUAAAUCGCCAUCGAAUUCUGCGAUCCAGGUUUACGACUCUUGAAAGCAAGGUACUACGCUCAAUUACAACCGACUCGAUCACCGUGCCUGUCGUGGAAGAACUUGACGUUGCAGAAUAUAUCAACACACCCUUCGUUCUUCAGAAAGAGAGCCCUAUCCGCGCCGUGGUUUCCCCAAAUCAGCUCGUCAUUUGUGCCUCGCAUGUUGUGUGUGACCUGACUUCGUUCAAUGUGAUUUUGCGCGAGACCGCCACUGUGUACUACGGUCGGAAAUUGGAGCCCAUUGGGCGCGAGUACUUCGACUGCACGGUCUGGAACCAGCCUGUUGACAAUGAUAGAUUAUCAUUUUGGAGUUCUUAUUUGAAGGGCAUUUCUUUGAAGGGCGAUUCGACUACAGAUACUCCCACGGAGAUCCCAUCGCCCCGAUCCUACCGUGGAGAGUCCGUGUUCCAGACGAUUCCCCCACCGUUCUACAAAAGCCUCCUCGCUGUUACCUCUCUCAAAGGAACUACACUGCAUCAAUUUGGCUUGGCAGUAGUAGGUGUCGUCCUUCAGACUAUAUGUGGCCGAUAUGAUGUACUCCUUGGGUCUCCAUACAUGAACCGCUCUGACCCAAAAGACAUGGAAGUGGUUGGAUUGUUCCUUCAACCUUUGCCUGUUAGAGUUCUGCUGUGCGAGGCAGAUUCUACAACUGAGAACGCUCUUGAAGAAGUUCGAUCAUCAUCUCAGUCUGCGCUGGCAAAUGCUCUUCCCUGGCCAUCGCUGCUGAACCAUCUAGGACUACCCUUUCCAAGCCACCUCAAUCUCACGCAACGACAGCAACAACCCUUAUUCGACUGUGUGGUCACCUUCCACGACCAACGGACUUGUGGUAACGGUGAAACCCCCCUCUCCAUAAAGGGGGUGAAACCAGUUCAGGUUUCCGCACAAGGUUCGAAGUUCUCAUGUCUAUUCGAAUGGCAGGUCGAUGACUGUGGCUUGGGCAUCCGAUAUGAGUACGAUACCGAUGCCUUGCCAAUCUCGUUUAUCACCGUGAUUAGAAGCUUAGUACUUCGCUGUCUAGAGCGUAUGUUGGAUCCAAAGGUCUUGAUGCGCGAUUUACGGUCUGAGAUUGACGAAUUGUUUGGGGCGGAAUGCCAGCGUCAAGGAUUGUUGAAAGCCGAUGCGCAGCGAUUGGGAAGAACCUUUCUCAUGGGAGUGUAA